AUGCAAGAUCCAAACUUCAAAAAAGGAUUUAAAUUUGAUCAUGUGUGGGCUCUAAUGAAGGAUUUUGAGAAGUUUAACAAUGGCAAUGUUGAAAGAAAAAAAACAAGAAAGCAAAACUAUGCUUAUAUAUCAUCGGACUCUGAGGCUCGUGUUCCUGAUUCACCCUGUGUAUCAUCUCCUAACUUAUCAUUUUCAGUAAAUUUAAAUGAGGAUGUUGCAGGUGAUUCCACGCCAUCACAACGACCAAGUGGGGUGAAGAAAGCAAAAAUGAAGAGAAAAAUCAACGAUGGUUUUAUGAAGAUAGUCGAAUCACAAAAUAAUCGAAUUGUUGAGGCGAUGAAUAGUGCAACUGAGAGACAAAAAGAAACAAAUGACAUUGAAAGAGAAAAAAUAAGACUAAAAGAAUUGAAAUAUGAUUGUAAAAUUAUGUCCAUGGAUGUGGUGCUAUUUUGGAUCCAGUUCGUCGUGAAUAUUUGUGGCAAGAACAACAACAUUAUAAUGUAUAAAAGAAGUCAACAACCACAACAGUCACAACCACAACAAUCAUCUGUACCAUUCACUCAGUACUAUAAUAAUUUUGGUGUACCUGAAAACGACAUGUCUCACUACUAA